AAGGUAGAUACCGCUACAUCAGUUUUAAACAAUUUUAAACGCUAAUUGAGACCCAUAUCCCGCAUCCCCCGCUCUAGACUCCGGUCGUUAUCACCAAGGCUUGAUCUUCGCUGUGAUAAAAUCGAAUUGCAGCACUCCGCGGACUUCAAUCAACAAGGCGGUAGUUCGUUGCAGUACGUUUCCGAGCAUAAUGAGUUCAGGUCGAAGACGAAGCAGUAGGCUUAUAGCAAGCCCGUGGGUGCACAACUGGCCAAAGAAGCCUCCUGCAUUUGUAACAAUUGAUGAUGAUGGGGAAAGCUGCAGAACACCAGGUAUUGUUUCGGGGGGCACUCUGCUUAGGAAGAAAGUACGUGGAAGUGUGUUUGGGAAAUCUCAUGGUGAGGGAUCCACAUCAACAAGAAUGGAAAUACGCAGCCCUAGCCUGGAAGCCAAUAGAAUGAUGAUGAGGGACCAGCUUGAAGAUGAUGAUGCGUUCGUUACGCCUAGAGAGCAAUUUAGCAACUCGGGGAGGAAGGAAACAGAACAGAGUGGAAGGAAGAUGGGAUCGUAUGUUUUGCCUAGAAAAGCUAGGGGACAGAUGGCUUCAAGUGGGAACAAACAACAAAGCCAGGGCACGACGCAUAGGCAUGAUGCGGCUGCGGUUGCUAAGCAGAAGAAGUCAAAAGUUGGCUCAUUGACGCCCAAAAUAUCUGAGGUACUGCAAUUUAAAGAAACACGUAAGCGUGCCGUCAAGGCUAUUUCUACAAGGGCACAUUUAGCAGUCCGUGCAACCACACCUAAGCGGGACCAAGCUAACCAAAGAAGGAGUUAUGAAGGAUAUAUUCAAAAGAAAUUUUCACCACGUAUUCUGGCAGAUGUCAUGCGCAACCUAUCAGAGGCGCAAGCGCAGUGGGUGAAGAGUGCAGGAUUCGGAAGCCUCCUAGGUUUCCGUAUGGAGAUUUACACACACAGGCUUGCUUACAGGAUAGCUGAUGCAUUCUGCAGCAGGACUUGUGAGCUGCGAUUGAAAGCAGGAACGGUUGUAGUCACAGAGAGCCUUGUGAAUAAGAUUCUUGGUCUCCCACAGGGUCCUCUGGAUAUAGAGCUGCAAGAAGGAAAAGUGGGAAAGACUACAUGGGAUGAACAGUAUCGUAGCACCUCGAUUUCUCCGGGCAAGGUUAGGGACAAGUUGAAAAGCAGCAAAAGUGUGGAUUACAACUUCAAAAUGAACUUUCUAAUUCUAGUCUACAAUUUCUUCAUUGAGGCGAACCAGAAUAUGUAUAUAUCACGGCGUCUGCUCAGCUUUGGUGGGAAUAUUGAUGAAUGCGGUAGAUAUAAUUGGUGCAAAUUACUUAUUGAUAAGCUGCGGACAACCCAUGAAUUCUGGUCCGAGGGAAAGGCGUGGAGGAAUUUUGCAGGCCCACUAGCAUUUUUAAUUUUCUGCUAUGUCACCUGUCUUGAAACACCAAAUUUGGUGCGACCAAGUCUUACAUAUCCAACGUACUUAUGUUGGACUAAAACGAUGUUGCGCGAAAGGCAAAACAGGGAGUCAUCCGAGGACACAUUCGGCGUCGGAUCCAUUGUGAUUCUAGAUGAUGAACUUGAGGCAGCGGAUAAGUCACCAAUACCGCAAGGAAUGGAUAGUGUGGCAGAUCAGACGAAUUUUGAGAGAGCUUCAAGCGACAAUGUAGUCCCUGACAGCAUUUCCGGCGACAGUGAAGAAGUGAUUGAUGCAGGAUGUGAGGGCAUGGACGUAGAGCAGGAUAGGAACGGGUGUCCACUCGAUGAGUUAUUGGCGGAGGCGGAUCUAAUGCAAGAAGCCAAUGCAAUUGAGAUAGAACACACACAGCAAGCAUUGACGGAGAGUAGAAAUACAAAUCAUAUAGUGGAGGGUAGCGCAGCACACUAUGGGAGAACUGAAGAGGAGAUAAUGAUGACUGAGAAAGCGGCCAUCCCUACAGCAAGGGAGAGUGCGGGACCUGUUGUGCAAAAAAGCAAGCAGAUGGUGAGGGAUGAGGCUGAUGUCCACCUUUAGGCAAGGGAGACUGCAGGACAUGGGUAUAAAAGAAACAAGGGCAUAAUGAGGGACGAGGCAUCGGGCAACGCGACAGCAAGGGGGACUGCAGGACAUGGUGUAAAAAAAAUUAAGGUUGUGUAUGGAGCGGAUCAUGGAAGACAAGAUAGUCUGACCGGUGAACAAAGCACACAAGCACGUGUGGAUAUUGAAAUCGAGAAGCAUUUCGAGGAAGAGCCAUAUAUGAAGAGAUUCGAAGCAAAUAUGCGGGAACUGGAGGCCAACUAUAAUAAAUGCGUGACAAAUUUCAUCGAGAGUAUGGCUUUAUAUCCAGAAAAUGAAAAGCUUGCUGAAUUGAGAACCCGGUAUCCCAAAUUUUUCAAACUGUUUGCUGAGACAA